AUGUCAAAGCUUCAGCUCUCUUGUCAACAGUUGCGCCGUGAAGUGGAUCAGGCUAAGACGAGCCUGGUCGCCGAGACGGCUGGAAAGGCCUCCGCCGUUGCGCAACUGGCGCAAGAGAGGGAGUCCGUGGCCAGCUUGCGAAAGUCCCUGGCGGAGCAGCAGAAGCUCGUGGCCCAGAUCGGCGAGCAAAGCGCUGGGCUGGCUGCGAAAGUCCAGGAUCUGGAGAAGCAACUCAAGCAUGCAGAGGGGUCGAAGCUUGCAGAGCGUGACACCGAGGUCACGCGCCUCAAGUCCCAGUCGGCUGGCCAGGUGCGGGAAAGCGAGGAGCUUCGGAAACAGUUGAAGCAGGCGGUGGAUGAGCAGCAGCAGGCUCACGAAAAGGCGAAGGUGUGGCAGCAGCAUGUGCAGGAUGCGCAGGACAAGCUGGCAGACCUCACGUUGGAGCUCGAGACGCUGCGCCGCUCCCGGGACGACGAGCGUCAGGCAGCUGCCCUGCAGCCCGAGGCCACGGAUAACCUGGAGGCGACUCGCUCGAUCGACUGGUCAACUGUCGAGGAGCGGCAGAUGCGCGCCAGACCAGGUGUGAGCCGGUCCGUGGUCGUGCGCCGCUCCCUGGGACCCCUGGAGCUCAGAAGUGCGCCUUUGAACACAGUGGUCGGGGUCGGCUCGCCCGGUGUACCACCACCUGCGUUCAAGUCUAUGGCCGUGCCCAUGCCGGCACAGGCAGCACAGGUCGCCAUGCCGUCCAUCGCCGUGGCAUUUGAGUCGGGGCUGGACUGUGCCAGCACGAACAUGGGCCAGUUGAUUUUCGUGGUCGGCUGCCACCCCGGAAUGGGAUCCUGGGCCCCGACCGGUUCUGAACAUCGGAAUCGCCAGCUGAGCACCAGCGAACUGACGUACCCGAGGUGGAUCAUGGCCAACGCCAUGUGGCUGGAGCUCGAAGAGGGGGCCGAGGAGCUGGAGAUUUGGUACAAGUACGUACGCAUGGCGCCGAAGCGCAACCCGGAAUGGGAGGCGGGUCCGGAUCGCCGUAUUGUCUUACGUGCUGUGCCCCGCGGCAAUGAUGUGUGGAUCGUGAGGGACCAUCAGUGGGGAGCCACGAGGGAUGCUGCGACUGUCUUUGCCUGCUCCCACGACGAGCUCAUCUCCUCUCGAUGCAAGGUGGAUCAAAACUGGCGCCCAGCUGCCACUAAGGCAGCGAAGGCCGCACCUGUGAUUCCCAAGCUUCCCAUGGCCAAGGUGAACCUUUCUGACUCGUCCAAAGUCUAUUUGCCGGGAGGAGACACGUCGGAAGACAACACCAGCAGCGAGGAGGAGAGCAUCGCCGACAUAGAGAAGAGCGAUGCGGAUGCAAGGUCACGGCAAAGGAUUGCAAGCGCCAUUCUGAAGCAGCUGGAGGUGGCUGCCGAUGCCAACCGACCCGGCUGCCUAGACACGGAGGCGCAGCUGGCGGCUCUCCGCCGUGAGAACGCUGCGCUGCGCGCGGUGCUCCGCUGCCUGGCAGCGGGCGAGGCGAAGGUGUCUACCUGUGAUCGCCGGAAGCAGCGUCAGGUCAUCAUGCGCACAGCUUCCUUGGUUCCAGAGGAGGUCUGGGCCUUUGCCUUUGAUUCACCGGAGGCUUCACCUGGACCUCGCAACCGGAGGAUGUCGUAUGGCGCGGAGGUGCUGAAGCAUCGGCAGGACGAGCUGUGUGCUUCUGCGCAGACCACGCUGGAGGGCCUCUUCUGGGAUUGGCCGCUCUCCCGCUCUGAGCGGAAGCAGCGCCUUCUGCUAGCGGAGAGCCGACUCCAGGCGCUCGAGGGGCAGGAGCUGCUCCAGGAAAUCGUGCAGGAGAAUGCCGCUGAGCGGCAGGAGCUUUCUGAGGUCACGCAGGUGCUCAAAGAACAGAUCGCGAAGCUUCGGGGUAAAGGUCAAGCGACCUGGGGCUCUGUGUCCCGGAGCUUGGAGGCCAAGCGGACGCACUGCGGACGCAAGAUCGAGGGCUGUCGGAGAGACAUUUGGCAGGGUUGA